AUGAACCUUGCUCUUGAUUUGUUCCAGAAACUGCUUCAAAAGACUACCGAAUUGACACCAUUUGUAGAAUGCUCGUUUGGGUCACUUUUGUUGAAAUUGGAACGUUAUCAUGAAGCUGUUGAACAUUUUGAAAAUGUUACUAAAAAAGCAGAUGACGAACUUUUGGUUUAUAGGGACAUAGACAAGCCGUUGGUCGACGUUUACUUUCGUCGUGAAAUUGAAGCUAGAGGCAGUAUUACCAUCUCAGUGAAAGUUCAAGCGUUGUACGAGUUAAUUUUAACUUAUAUGAAAUUGAAUGAAGUGGGAAAAGCCCAAGAAGUUGCGCUUCGAUUGGAGAAUUAUGUUGAACUUUUUCAACGCACUCCAAAGACUUCUCUGGUUCUGUCUAUUGUAGGAUAUGCCAACAAACUAAUUGGAGACAAAGAAAAAGCCGCGGAGAUAUUUGUUUCGGUGUUGGAGAUCAUCCCAGAACAUUUAUGCAGCACAAUGGUCCGAGUGUUUGUUGAAAUGGGAAAGAAAAAAGAAGCAGUAGCUGCAUGCGAGACAAUGGUCCGAGUGUUUCUUGGAAUGGGAAAGAAAAGAGAAGCAGUAGCUGCGUGCGAGAAGCUGACAGCCAACCCAGUAGUUGUUGAUAAUGCAAUUCCUCACGAGAAACGUCCUUCAAGUAUCCUAUACCUUAUCGAAACCUGUCAUCGCGAGUUAUUGUCUCUUUUGAGUAAUGAAGACCGAAAGCAAUUUCGGAAUUGUGAAUUUCCGUUAUCUCCAGCAAAUAUUUUCAAAUUGUAUUACAUGCUUAACGAAUACACCUUCGCACUAGAAUACUACACGAACGAGACGCAAUCACCCGACUUGAUCGAAAUGAAAAUUUCAUGCUUGCGCUUAGCUGGAAAUGA